ACAAGCGAAUGACGUGUUGCGCAUGCUCAUGGAGAUACGGAGCUAGAUGGGGGGGAAAAGUGCAAAAGACAAAGGACUAAACAACCCAGGAAAAGAGGCUAAACGAUUAAUUUCACCAGGAUUAUGACAUGCCUACUCCAGUAGUAUCGCAUAAAGAGAAAGAACGCUUUAGAAAAGCACCUGGAGUCCUGUCUGUCUACACAUCACAGAGCCUCAUGUAUCAAGUCCCUCAUCUUUUCCACUGGAACUGACUCCUCAUGGUGGAACCGUGGUAUUUUUUGGGUUCUCUAGAAAUGGAAAGAACUAGUAAACUUUAGUCUGACAGUUGAGGUGCAAAAAAAAAAAAAAAGUCACGAGGACAGACGUCAGAAUGGAGGAAGUUGAAAAAAGAGAUGCAUGCUCUUGCUUCUCUGCCUAGUAUUUGUUUAGCUAUAGAUGUGACCUUGGGGGUUCGUUAUCUUUUUACUCUGACGUAGCUGCAUAAAUGUUCACACCCUCCUUUUUGCUCUCAUAAUUAAAUGUGGACCUUACUCCACACUUGGAACAUUUUGUUUUCCAGCUGUUUUUUAAUUUUUCUACCAGUCAGCACUUAUGAAACAGCAGGCUAGCUGAAGUGGCCUGGCCCACCUCAGUGUCACCCAGUAACCCACCUCCCCCUUCCCUUGCCACAUGCACGCCCCUCCAGCAGCUGAGCGGUUGCCAUGGCAAUGGUAGUUGUGUCGGCGUAGCGACAGGGUGACAGUGAUGGGGAGUACUCCAUUUUCUGGUAAGGGGAGGGGGGGGGGAGGGCUGCAGGACCUGGGCUGUAUGCCAUGGAAGCUGAGCAAGCAGAAAGGGAUGGUGGGGGGAGGGACGGGGGGGGAGAGGUCGGACCUGAGAGAGCAUGAUAUCUUGACCCCUCCGGCCCCGCCUCCAACCCCCAUCUACCACGAGAAGCAACGGCGGGAGCUGUGUGCUCUGCAUGCGCUCAAUAACGUCUUCCAGGACGGGGCGGCUUUCAGCAGGGAUACACUCCAGGACAUCUACCAGAGACUCUCUCCCGGCACUCUGGUAACCCCCCACAAGAAGAGCGUGCUGGGAAAUGGGAACUAUGAUGUGAAUGUCAUUAUGGCCGCCCUGCAGACCCGAGGGUUCGAGGCUGUCUGGUGGGAUAAAAGAAGGGAUGUGGGCAGUAUAGCUCUGUCCAACGUAACAGGCUUCAUCCUGAACGUCCCGUCCAAUCUGCGAUGGGGUCCACUGCGCCUGCCACUCAAACGGCAGCACUGGAUAGGGGUGCGGGAGGUGAACGGAGUCUAUUACAACCUUGACUCCAAACUACGCAGCCCACACACCAUCGGAAACCCUGAUGAGCUCAGGAAGUUCCUGUGUCACCAGCUGAGAGGGAAAAACUGUGAGCUCUUAUUGGUGGUGUCUGAGGAGGUGGAGGUCCACCAAACAUGGAGGUCAGAUGGUUGUUGAUUGAAUGUGCCUGCCAACCUUUUCUCUACCGGAUUAGACUUUUCCCAGUUGCUGCUCAGGAUAGCAGGCGUGGGCCAAGCAGGGUAUAGAUUGAAAAGCAGGUGGGGUUGUGUUCAGCCAAUCACACAGAUGCGCACUGGCCGGAUGUACUUUUUUUGCUUCCUCACCCAUUGCUGGACUCUGGCUGAAACCUGAAGUGAUGAAGGAAAUGGACACAUACAGGGAGGUCACAAAAAAUUCACACUACACAACACUUAGAUUUAUGAACAUACUGUUUGGGAUUCUGUGUUUAUAUAUUGAUUAUUUUUCAAUGUUUAUUUUUUGUUGUAUAUUACUGUAUCCAAUUAUGGGAGGCGUAUGACUGUAAUCUCCCCCCCCCCCCCUCCUGUUUACCCCUGUACUGUAUAUUCACUGAUGCGUCUUUGUUUCUCUUUUUGUGUAUCUCUAUUUGUCCUUCUCUGCUCUACUACGACUGUACAUCUCUUCUUUACCUCCAUGUUUUCCUCUUGUCACUGCUCACAAUUAGUUUUUCACUCAGACAACAUUAAAUCCCCCCCCCCAGUGUAUGCAGCUGUUUUAUCCUCUCAGUUACUGCUGAGGCCAUCUGUCUGUUAGUAGAAAUCCUUGCUAGUCUUCAAACUAGAAUUAUAAGCUAAGGUUGUGUUAGGCCCAGGUAUUGACAAAUGGCUGGAUACUGUAACAAGGUAGAGCCAGGAGGGUUUCAAUGUGAUCUGACCAGGAAAAUCACAGCCCAGGGGGAGUUAUUUUUUUGUUUUGUAGUAAAGGAAAAGCUCCUGAGCAAUUGACCAUGGCUAAAUAGUUAUUUGCAAAAAUCCACCUGCCAAAUAUACAGAAUUGUGGAAUCAGUAGAAAUUGUUAUUAUACCCAAGGUUUAGAAUUGUUCACUGAAAAUGCACUGUUAGAUCAAAAUCUCUGUAGAUGCCAUGGCUGAAAUGUCCAGAAUGCUGAGUGAGUUGUGAGAAGUGGAGUAAGAGGGGAAAAGGUUGACAGUUGAGCGAAUAAAUAGAAAGUGAUCCAUGUGUAGAAGGAAAAAGUGAAAGAACAGCAUGAGUCUAGCCAUACCAUGUUAGUUUUGAAAUCAGCUAUUUGAGGAAUUUGUUGGUUGAUGGGUCCUUAUCAUCACAACAACAUAUUGUGUAUUAUUGAAGACUUGAUCAGAGCUUUAAUGUGUUUACAGAGGAAGCAGGCAUUAUUCUCUACCUAAAGAGGGGUUGUUGAAUUUUGCUCCUCAUUGGCUCAAUCCCAACACUUUUCCUAUUCAUCUGAGCAUCCAAUCGCUGGUUCAUUAAACUGAUAAUUUAAUAAUUUGCGACUAUCACUAAUCAUAGGACAAAUCAAUGAGGUUGUUGGACUGAGGCUUCCCCUAGAUGGAAUUCAGGUUAGGCAACCAAACUCACAGGUAGAAAAUCCCCUCACUACUUUAAACCAGGGUAUUUGGGAGGGAAAAACUGGUGACAGAGGAUUUGGUUUUGCCAUGACAAUCCCACCCACCUUCUCCCCUCUAUUGAAGGGUCCUGGUUGUUAUUUUCUCUUGUUUUUCACAAAAAUAAAAUGCUUGUAAUGGCACUUUAUGUACA